AUGCUCUACGGAGAGCCCGUGGCCAGGGCCUGCGUGGAGGCGCGGACGCACUACUGCGACUUGACUGCAGAGAUGCCGUUUGUGGCGAUGCUGCAUGCGCGGCACGGCCUCGCAGCAAAAGAGAGGGGAGUGAAGUUAAUUUCUUUUUGCGGCUUCGACAGCAUUCCCAGCGACUUGUGUGUCUUCAUGAUUCAAAACAAAGCCAUUGAACUCACUGGCAAACCCUGCAAAGAGGUGAAGCUGGCGGUGCGGAGCAUUCGGGGCGGGGUUUCUGGAGCCACAAUAGAGUCUGCGUUGAAUGUGAUGGGCCACAGCAGCAUGUCAAACCCUUACUAUUUGCUGCAGCAUGCAGCAGACAACUCCCAAACCCUCGGCCAGCAGCUGCCCGUUCAGCCCAGGGUCUGCGCGCUGCACUACGACCAAGACUUCGGCUAUUCAACUUUCUUCGUGAUGUCGAGAGUCAACGAAAACGUUGUGCGGUGGACGAACGCGCUGCUGGGUUACCGGUACGGGCCCUCGUUUGUGUACUACGAAAUGCUGGCGUGCAGCUUCAACUUGUUGACUGCUGCAGUGGUGCUGGUGUGUACGUACACCUCGCUGCUGGCUGUGGGGUGUCCAGUGAGCCGGCUGCUGCUGCGGCUGCUGCGGCUGCUGCCUGCUGCUGGGGAGGGCCCGAGUGUACGUACACUGCGCAGCGGCUGCUUCCGCAUGGAGGCUGUGGGGCGCUGCAGCGCCGGCACUCUUCGUGCUGCAGUUGGCAGCAGCUGGGGAGAUCCUGGCUAUUCCGAAACAGCAAAAAUGAUUGCAGAAACAGCUCUUGCUGUUGCUCUCGAGCUCAGCUGCUGCAGCAAACUCACGGGCACUCUCUCUCCUGCUGCUGCUGCUGGCGAGCCCCUCAUUCGCCGCCUCAGGGCCAAGGGGCUGCAGGUCGAAGUCAACCUCGAGCCCGCAGCAGCAGCAGCAGCAGCGCAGCAGCAGCAGCAGCAGCAGGAGGAAGCUCUGACACCGCGCGCGACACUGCAGCUGCUGCUGCCAGCUGCGUCGCAGGCUGCUGCAGCACAGCUGCCAGCGAGACGCAGCAGCAGCAGCAGCAGCAGCAGCAACAGCAGCGGCAGCAGCAGCAGCAGCAGCAGCAAACACGCCGGCUGCAGCACCAGCCGCAGCAGCAGCGUGUUGCUGGAGAAGGAAGAACGGCCGCUGCUGCUGCAGCAGAAGAGCAAGUAG